GUCAGUACUUUUUCUGCAGUUGACAACAACACACCAUCCACUUGUAUCGAGAUCAACGACGCUACGAUGUCUCGAAGUCAGACUUAUUCUUUGCAGACUUUGGAGAGUAAGGAACCAUUACCAGCAACGACUGCAGAAAAUCAAACUGUGACUGAAAUAAAAAGCAAAAAAAAGUUUAUGAGAUUUCUAAUUCUAGGGUUUACAUUAUUGUCGCUCAUUUACAGUUUUGUUCUUGCCCAACUUGUCAUUGUGCAGUACGUGUACGCGAAUAUUCACAAGACCUACUAUCCUAAUGUCAGUUUCAGUACUAACGAGUCGGGAUGUCAGCUAAACACAACGUCACAGCUGUACCGCGAUCAACAAACCGUGCAAAAGAUGGCAUCUCAGUUCAUCAUUUACGCAGAGUUGGCAAGGGGGGUACCGGGAAUAUUUGGUAUUUUCUUUUACGGUUCAUUAAGUGAUAAAUAUGGUAGGAAACUUUUUCUCCUCGUCCCUUUCAUAGGAAACAUGCUAAAAUGUGUUCUGACUACUGUUGGCAUAUAUUUGGACUGGAACAUUUACAUAUUUAUUAUUUUUUUCUUCAUUGACGGAUGUGGAGGAGGUUGGGUUUUGGCAGUAUCUAUUGUUAUGUCAAUAGUGGCUGACGUGACCGAACCCGGAAAAACGCGGAUAUUUGUAAUAGCCAUGACCGAGAUAUCGUUGGGAUUAGGUUUGGUCAUUGGAAGUUUUACUUCCGGUUUCAUCAUAAAAGCAGAAGGUUUCAUGUACGCUUUGCUGAUCAGUUCCUGUUGUUCGAUCCUUCCAUUCCUGUUAUUGGUUUUCGUACCCGAAACGUUAAACAAGACAGAAGAUCAACAAAGAAAAUCCACAACUCAACUUGCCUUUGACAUUUUCGUGUUUUACUUCAGAGAUGCCGCCCUUAAUGGAAAACGGAAGAUAUUUCUGGUUUGCAUGCUAAUCUAUUGUUUCGUCAUCACAGCAUCGUUCGGUGCCAACGGAAUAGAAACUUUGUUUGGAUUAAAUUCCCCAUUUUGCAUGAGCUCAGUACAAGUGGGUGUCUUCAUUACCAUGCGCACCGGCAUACCGUUUGUUCUGGGAAUGCUACUCUUCCGUCCACUACAGCUGUGUUUGGACGAGUCUCUCAUAGCUGUCAUCGCAAACCUGUCCCAUUCUGCUGGUUAUAUCUUAGAGGCAUUUGCUUAUAGUACCUUGAUGCUUUACUUUGUUCCUGUAUUGAGCUUUGCUAGGACCAUGGCAAUUCCUAUAGUUCGGGGAAUCAUGUCGAGUCUAACGCCGCAGGAAAAGCAAGGAACAAUGUUUGCCGGGAUAGCCAUCGUGGAGACGUUUUGUACCCAGUUUGGCAGUUUGACUUCCACCGUUGUAUAUGGCCACACCGUGGAGACAUUCCGGGGUGCAGCCUUUCUCGUCCUUGCCGGAUACACCUCUGUCGCAGGAGUAUUAUCAUUUGUGUUAUACAGGAUCACCAGGCGAGUGAAGAUGCAUCUUUGAAGUGAUCAGAGUAUUGUGUGAAGACUCCGACUGUUACUCAAAAACCUUUGACGUUAUAUUCGAUACAAACAUAGUAUUAUCGAGACAUUAGUUUGCUUUUACUUUCAUUUGUGCAUAAAUGUUUGUCUUCAAACAGAAAAUUAUAUUCAUCACUUAAUUCAAUUCUGGUGCAUAUAUUACAUACUCUGUUUUCCUUGUAUAUAUUUAUUUAUUUACCACAUUCUUCGUGAAAAUUUUAAUUGGGUGUCCUUAAUUUGUAAUAGUUAUUUAUUAUUUACAAUCAAAUGAUUAAGAAAUAAUUGUGAUACAUUUGCAUGUUUAAAUAUAUAUACUAUAAUUUGUUCACCUGGAAGAAUUAAAUAUGUCUUA